AUGUGUUUAUGGAUUUUAGAAACAAAACACUGUUUUCAGUAUAACAGUUUAACAGAUCGAAUUGAUUAUUUAUCUCAACACUGUCAUUAUAUACCAGGAUUGACAACAAAACGAUUAUACUUUGAAUUGACUGGAGCUGUAAUCUAUUCUCAUCCAAAUUAUGCUCACAUAUAUGAUAAUUUUCAUCAAUCAAAUGUAAAAUCAAACUCAAUUAAACAAAACCAUAGAAACAAUGUGGAUAAUUCGGAAAAGUCAGUCAAAUUAUUCGGUAAAUUGGUAACAGCUGAUCAACCUAAUCCUCUACAAUCGUCUAUUACUCAUAAAAAUCGAAAAGCUCCACUUAUCUCCACAAUGUCAACAACAGCGUCAACUGCAACAACCGCAACAACCGCAACAACUGCGACAACGCGAACGAAACUGUCUACACCAUUCACUUCAACUCUGACAGAUGAUUACAAUUCAAACAACCCUAUUGAUCAUAAGUAUCCAGUGAAUUUUAGUUGUGAAAUUUAUGUGCAUUCUCGUGUGAAUUCACGUAUCAUGAUUAGAUUUCAAUCAUUCUACAUACCAUCACAACAACGUUUAUUAUGCGAUGAAAAUUAUUUAUACCUAUUCGAUUCUAAUACACCACAAUAUCGUGCUAUGUCUGAAGCUGGCGGUGAAAGAGGUCUUUGUCAGCAUCAUUUUCCUACACAACCAAUUUUCACAACCAAAUCAUUUGUUACUAUUGUAUUUAGGUCAACAACCUACUCAUCGUCUUCAUCAAUGGAUAUGGAACCAGGCUUCAAAUUGAUAUUGACAGCAAUAACUGAUGCGAAAUCUACAGGCGCUUGUGAAAAUAAUGAAUUCUUCUGUGGACAUAUAUCAAUGGAACCAUAUCAAUUAUCAUAUAUGCGUAGAAACAAACGUUCAAUAGCCAAAAUUUUAAAAUUAAAUGAUAAAAUCACCUAUUCCACUGAUAUUCAACCUAUAACCACUAGACAAGUCUUAAGAUAUACUGCUCAAUACAACGUAUCAAACGUUAAAUUAGUCAAACAAAGACGACGUCGAUCAUUUAAACACAAAGAUUAUGGUUAUUGUAUUUCAAAAUUACUUCAGUGUGACAGUAUUGUACACUGUCAUAAUGCAAGAGAUGAAUUGCCUAGUUUACGAAUGAAUCCAUCAGAUUUACCUCAUCAUUUAUUACAUGCACUAGUUGGUGCAUAUCUUACUCCAGGUGAUUUAAACAAUGUUGGUUGUACAGUUUAUAAAUCAAUCAAUGAUGCAGUUAAACAAAAUAACAAUAAAAACAAUAACGAAAAGUACACAUCAGUCAAAAGUUUGGUAUUACCAAGUUCAGAAGUGGAAAGAAACAGAACAAAUUUAUCACGUUUUCUCCCAAUCAGUUCAACAGCCUCCAACACACUCAUUAUUGGAUGUGUCAUAUUAGUUUCCUUCGUUAGUAUUGUCUUUGUAUGUUCAUGUUAUCAAUGCUGCUAUCGUAAGAAGUUACGAAAAAUACAAAUUUCAAAUAAGUCAAUCAAUUACUUGUCAACAUUAACAAUAGCGAAAGGAUUAAAACGUAUUUCACAAGAUCAUGUCAAAUCUAAUUUACCACACACGGAACAAAACACAGAAGUAAACAAAGAAUGUUUCAUACAAAAUGGAUCAGGAAAAUAUAUGAUAGGUCGUAGUGCAACUGAUGGGACUUUAAGCACUCUGGCUGAAUCAUAUCUAGGAUCGAAUAAAAAUGAAAAAUCUUAUUUAAGUAAUUUAGAUAUAAAUCAAUCUUCUCUUUAUUCACAAAACAGACCAUUGAUUUCUCAGUCAAUUAGCAGAAACUCAUUCCAAUCAAAUGAAUAUAAUUACCAUGGUAUGAAUAAUAACAACACAAAAAGUGUACAUUUUGAUGUACCUAACAAUAAUUAUGACAUCAAUAGCAAUAAUAAUAAUAUAUCUCAAAAUUUAAAUCAAUAUUACAAAACAUAUUUAAAUUCUGUUGAUCCACAUCCUUUUGAAUCAUAUUGUGAAGUGAUUCCUGUGAUCGAUCAGCAGCAACAAAUUCAAAUAAAUUGGCGAACUGAUUCUCAACAGUUUAUUUGCUACCCGAUGCUUAAUAAAAGCCAAAUGUUCACUGAUUGUUCGCAAGCACUAUUUCACAGGAGUCUGUACUCCAAUAUUCACAAUUCCAAAACACAAAUGUUUAAUGCUGAUAUUACGCCAUAUAAUAAUACAUGGAGGUCUGCGUCGUUUGGAGAUCAAACUGAGUUAAUGCAUCCAACUGGCAAUGCAUUCCAAGCAAAUAUGCCACAUUCUAUGACUACAACGUUCUUACCAUCACAUCAGCACCCAUUACAUAAUCAAUAUUCUAACACACCAGCACAGUUGCCACCGCCACCACCACCACCUUACCCGAAGGAACAUAGAUUUAUGAACCCAUGUACUGUAUUACAACAAAUAAAAUGCCAUCAAGAAGAAAUUGUAGAGCCAGAUGAAUAUUUCGUAAGAGCUUCACCAAAGUUACCAUUGAAGAAUAAUCUGGGAAGAGAGAGAAAUAUUAGGAUGAUCACUAAUUCCAGUAAGAAAACUGGAACAAAGCGCGUUGAUAACCGAAGGCGAUGCGGGAAAAAGCAUAAGGAACAUUUAGGUCUAGUCAACAACCAUCUUAAUCAAGAUCACUGUACCAAAAAUGACAGGAAAAGACAGUAUAUUCUUGGUGUAUAUUCUGAUGGUAGUGGGCUAGAACCAAGUGGCAUGUGUAUGAUCAAACAGUGUGGGUACCAUAGCAAAAAACAUUGCGACAGCAAAGCACAAAUUACUGCUUCCGAUUCUCCUGCUACAACUGAUAUAGGUAUUACUCAUAGUAGCAAACAUUCGAGGAAACGCAUUAACAGACGUUUGAUACGUACAGAAUAUGUCGAACGAGUCAGCCGCUCACACAAAUAUAAGACAUAUCACUUAAAAAAUCAACCGGAAAAACAUACAAGUUUUUUACAUAACAAAAGUCAGCCAGUAGAUGAGAAUUCGCACAGUAUAACUGGCAACGAUACUGAAUGUAAUAAACAUAUCAAAAAUUGUGAGAACGCAUUUGAUGCUGAAAUUUCUACCUUAUCAUCUUUUGCAGAAGGAUAUAUAUCUCAUAGUGAAUCUAAUCCACUGAAUUUAAAUUUUUUAACAAGAGAAAACAAAACUAACAGUAUGAAUCGUUCAUUUUCUUCAUCUGAUAUACUUUAUAUCAGACAUGGAGAAUAUAUUUGAAUGAUUCUAAUAGGCGGAACAUCCUGCAGAAGCAUUCAUCUUCACACAGAGCAAAUACAUAACUCCAUUACAAAGUACGCUUACUUUAAGGAAAUAAGACUGUACAAGUUUGGAAGGUUGACAUGAUAUGUGAACGUAUCAUCAGUUGAAUAAUGUUACAUAUAUCAUAAAAAGAAUGAUAAAAGUUGACGAAACCAUGAACUGUUGUACAAUAAUUUUAAUGAUCACACGAAAAGAAGAUCUACCUCAUUUCUGAUAAACAAAACUUCAUAUUCCUGUUGAAGUAAUCAUAAAA